AUGGCCAUGAUCAACAACGGCAGAAUAAUAAUGUCAGGUGUAAAUAAAGAUGUAAAUAAAGAUGUAAAUAAAGAUGUAAAUAAAGAUGUAAAUAAAGAUGUAAAUAAAGAUGUAAAUAAAGAUGUAAAUAAAGAUGUAAAUAAAGAUGUAAAUAAAGACGUAAAUAAAGAUGUAAAUAAAGAUGUAAAUAAAGAUGUAAAUAAAGAUGUAAAUAAAGAUGUAAAUAAAGAUGUAAAUAAAGAUGUAAAUAAAGAUGUAAAUAAAGAUGUAAAUAAAGAUGUAAAUAAAGAUGUAAAUAAAGAUGUAAAUAAAGAUGUAAAUAAAGAUGUAAAUAAAGAUGUAAAUAAAGAUGUAAAUAAAGAUGUAAAUAAAGAUGUAAAUAAAGAUAUAAAUAAAGAUGUAAAUAAAGAUGUAAAUAAAGAUGUAAAUAAAGAUAUAAAUAAAGAUGUGUUAACUAAAGAUGUAAUAGAUGUUAAUAAAAAUGUAAAUGAAGAUGUAAAUAAAGAUGUGAAUAAAGAUAUGAAUAAAGAUAUGAAUAAAGAUGUGAAUAAAGAUGUGAAUAAAGAUUUAAAUAAAAAUGUAAGUAAAGAUGUGAAUAAAGAUGUUGAUAAAGAUGUGAAUAAAGACGUUGAUAAAGAUGUAAAUAAAGAUGUAAAUAAAGAUGUAAAUAAAGAUGUAAAUAAAGAUGUAAAUAAAGAUGUAAAUAAAGAUGUAAAUAAAGAUGUAAAUAAAGAUGUAAAUAAAGAUGUAAAUGAAAAUAUAAAUAAAGAAUGUAAAACAUGGACCUUAAUUUAUUUGAAUUUUAGUAGAGAUUUAGUAGACGAUGUUGCAAUUUGUUUCAAGAAAAAUGGUGGUAGAGGUGUUGAUGAAGAUGUUGCAUUGACAGAGAAAUUACUGGCUUUGCGGCCGCUACAAGGGACCACUACUAAAAGAAAUAUUUUUGCCGAAGUGCAAAGUACUUUUGAGCAAUAUGGCUUGCAGAGGUGUAAAUUAGUUGGAGUGUGCACGGAUGGUGCUCCUUCAAUGGUCAGUUCACGAAAACGUUUAAUUGAAAUUCUGAAGGAAAGUACAACCGCUAUGAAUGUGCAAGAAUGUGAUUUAAUAAUUCUGCAUUGGAUUAUUCACCAACAAAACUUGUGCUCUAAAUCCACUCGAUUGAAGAAUGUUAUAGAUAUGGUAGUAAAUACCAUUAAUUUCAUUAGAUUCCGCGGUCUUAACCAUCGCCAGUUUAAAGAAUUUUUGAACGAACAUUCUAUAGAAUGUGAUGAUGUGACAUUAUUGCGAGAAAAGAUUGCUGAUUUUAUGGAAAUGAAAGAGAAAACAUUGUUGCAAAUUUGUGAUCCAACUUGGUACUUGGCAUUCCUGGUAGACAUCACAGGAUACUUAAACGACCUGAACUUGAAGCUUCAAAGACACGGGCAAUUGGUAAAUCAGUUCUACAGUAAUUUUAUACUUUUUUAA